AUGACGCUCUCAUACAAGGAGGUAGGCGUUGACGUACCCGGCAUUGAACGCAGUCUGUCCGGCAUGGCCAAGCUUGUCUCCUCCACGCACGGGCUGCAGAGGAAGGCAGGCGUCACGCGGGGGUUCGGACACUAUGCAGGAAUCGUGGAGAUUCCUGGCGGGGAUCUUAUCGCAACACACACCGACGGCGUGGGAACAAAGACCAUGAUCGCCAGCCAGAUGAAAAGAUACGACACCGUCGGAAUCGACUGCAUGGCAAUGAACGUAAACGACAUAGUCUGCGUGGGCGCCACGCCCAUCUCAUUUGUGGAUUAUAUCGCGGCAAACACGAACAACGCGGAGAUACUCCAGGACAUCGUCCGGGGUCUGGUGGUGGGGGCAAAGAUGGCCCAUGUUCCCAUAGUCGGGGGCGAGACUGCCAUCAUGCCGGAUCUCUUUGCGGGAGAGGAGUUUAUCUUUGAUCUGGCAGGCGCCGUGGUCGGCCUGAUCCCCGGGGGACGCAUGAUGCUGGGCGACGCAAUAGAGCCUGGCGACGUGAUAAUCGGUGCAGAGAGCACCGGCAUACACUCAAACGGGUACACCCUGGCGCGCAAGGCGCUGGCAGGGUACUCCCUGACAGAAUCCAUCGAAGGCGUGGGUAUCCUGGGCAACGCACUCCUUGAACCCACUGCAAUCUACUCCGGGCCCGUCCUUGAGGCCGUCGAGGGAUGCGAGGUACACGGCCUUGCCCACAUAACAGGCGGCUCCUUUACCAAGCUGCUAAGACUCAAGGACGCGGGAUACCAGAUAGACUCCCUGCCAGAGACGCCUCCGAUAAUGCGGCUGAUUCAGGACCAGGGGAUCAGCAGGACAGAGAUGUACAAGACAUUCAACAUGGGUGUGGGCUUUUGCAUAAUCGCGCCGGAGGAUCAGGCAUCCUCGAUAGCCGGCAUCUUCGGGCGGCACGAGAUCAGAACCCAUGAGAUAGGCAGGAUCGUCCACGGGAAUGGCGUGUUUGUAAACGCGGAGAGAGUCGCGUGA